CCUUUGUUUCUGGUGUGUAGUUAGUUAUCAGUGUGUCUCGCUACUUGUACCGUUGAGGACUUAGCAUGGAGGUGGAGCACUGUUGUGGCGGGCCAACUCUGCUCCCCUCCAUGCUACUGUUUCCACCCCGUUUGGUAAUGUAAUGUCAUUUAUACAGCUGACCGUACUGGUCCACAAUGCAGUCUGGAGUUGCAUGCUGGUGUGACAUCAUCCGUGUCAAGUGACAACACUGUGAACAUUAGCUGGUUGCUGGUAUUCAUCUCUGUUCUUACCAUCCUUCCCUUCUGCCUGCUCCUUCUGUUCCUGGUAAUUCACUACCAGAAGAAAUCACAGAGAAAUAGUUCAUCUUCACCAGUGAGGUUUACACAGGAUGGGCAGGUUGAGCUUGAUCAUAGUCUUCUUAAUACUGAUGACGUGCAUGUACAUGCGAACUCAAUGACAUUGGAGGCUGCUAACCUGAUUACACAAGGUACACCACUUAAUAUCCAGACACAAGACACUCCCACUUCUUCCCCACUCCCACCAAAAUAUGAAGACUUACCACCAAAAUAUGAUCCAGUCAGCGAACUCCUCGUUGCAAUGACAGCACCAUUUGGUGAGCGAGGGCGACAAAUUUUCCCAAGUGAGGUGAAAUUGUUAGAUUUUUGUGACCAUAAAAAGCAGCCAUUAGAGCAUCAAGAACACCUUGUAGGAGCUAUAGCUUAUCAGAACCCAGUCACCAUACAGAUGAACCAGGCCGCCGCGUACGUCCACAUGCCUGAGAGACACGAUUUGCUUGAAGGUUGUUUCGAAGAUGAUAAUAAAUCAAGGCUUAGAAAGAAUAAACGCAAAGCACGGGAACCAGCUAUACAGGACCUACCGACGGAUGUCACAGAUUCUCAGAAGCACAACCCCCUCUAUGUGGAGUCUGAUGAUGAAAAUGGGAGCUAACUUCAGGAAUACGCUUCAAUUUUGACACAUACUGGCGUAAAAUAACUGGGAAAAGUGGGCUAGUAGUUUUGUCUGUUAGGAACAGACUUGUUAACAUGCUUUCUUUGGAUAGUAGAGUAGAUUUGAAUUCAUCACAGAAUGGAUUCAUGUCUGAUAUCCAAAUAAAGAUACUCCUUACUAUUUUUUAAAUCAUGUAACUAGUGCAAUAUUGUGUUAGCUGAAAAUUAUCUGUUAAUUAUUUUUUAAUGCUUAGUCCAUAAUACAGGCAUGCGAAGUAAUGCUGUGUUCCAUAGUAAAUCCUUGCCGAGCCAUGGGACCUGAGCUUAUCCCCAGUUUCUCUAGCGUGAAUUGGAUGAGAAUGUGAUACUCCCCCUGGGUGGGGUGCUAGUUACCCCAGAAAUUUUCUGGUACCCAUAGAUACAGCUGGGUAGACUAAAGCAAUGUGGAUAAGGUGCCUUGCUCAAGGACACAAGCAAAAUACACAGCGAAGGAUUGAAACCCACCUAAGGGUUAGGAAACAAAACCAUUUCUACUGCACCAAACUCCUUCCACUGCAAUGUUCCAUACAAAGGUAUAUUUCCAUUCCCUUUAAUAUUUUUUAUUUCAACAGCUUUUAGGCAGUUUAAACUAAUGCAGGGCUUUUGCUAUCAGAUUUUGAUUUGUCAUAUAAAUGUUUGAUUAGAUUUUGUCUGGUGAAUUAUGUUGGAAAAAUAAUAAUAGACAUAAACAGACACAUGUCUGAUCAGAUAUGUCUCAUACAAAACAUACACUUUCAGAAAAAAUCUUAUCAAACAUUGUUCAGCCUGACAGACAAAUACACUCUCAGAAAAAUAUAUCCCACUUCUCUGUUUUGUGUUUUUUAUUUGAUUAACAAAUUUUAGUUUAGCUUAAUCAUCAUAUGCUGUAUGCAUUUCUUAUUUACUAAAAUCUUCUUUGCUUAAAUGCUAUUGUUCUUUUUUUGUAUUCGUAAAUUUGUUUUUGCGGUACAGCUAAUGUAAUUCCGAAUCUUGCCAAACAUUAGAAUUCUCUGCUAGCUUUUGACCAACUGGCAGUAGAUAUUAGAUUUUAAAGCUUUUUAUUUUGAGGGUUUAUUUGGUGGCUUGCUAAUCUCUACAUUGAAUUUAUUAUUUUUGUUAUUAGAACUAUUGCUGUUAUUUUUUUAUUAUUAUUUGUUCAGGUAUUUGAAUAUUAUAAUUACUGUUAUCAUCAUCAUUA